AUGAUGUUCCCUGGGCUCCUCGCGCCCCCCGCCGGGUACCCCAGCCUCCUGCGCCCCACGCCCACCUUAACGCUGCCCCAGUCUCUGCAGUCGGCAUUUUCCGGACACUCCAGCUUCCUGGUCGAGGAUCUGAUCCGCAUCAGCCGACCCCCUGCCUACCUGCCCCGCAGCGUGCCCACGGCCAGCAUGUCGCCCCCCAGGCAGGGGACCCCGGCGAAUCUCACAGACACCGUGGCCUCGGACCUGGGCUCCCCUAGUCCGGGCAGCCGGCGAGGCGGAUCGCCGCAGACGGCUGUCUCCCCUGCCAGCGAGCCUACGUUUCUGAAGUUUGGAGUGAACGCCAUUCUCUCCUCCGCGCCCAGAAACGAAGCAUCCCCCGCCUUGCUCCAGAGCGGCCCUCCCAAGACCUUCGCCUUUCCCUACUUUGAAGGUUCCUUCCAGCCUUUCAUCAGAUCUUCGUAUUUCCCAGAGUCAGUGCACUUGGCCACGAUUCCCCACAAAGGUUUCAGCACCAUGACCAAUUGCCCUCCCACCGUCUGGGCCUGGGACCCGUGGGUGCGGCGAGAGGCGCGAGGAGUGGAGGUGGCGGUGAAAAUCUGGUUCCAGAACCGACGCAUGAAGUGGCGGAACUCCAAGGAGCGCGAGCUGCUGUCCAGCGGGGGCUGCCGCGAGCAGACCCUUCCCACCAAACUCAAUCCGCACCCGGACCUCAGCGACGUGGGCCAGAAGGGCCCGGGGGACGAGGAGGAGGAAGACGAGGGCCGGGCCAGCCCCCGCCACCGCCUGGCCUAUCACGCGUCCCUCGACCCUCGGCACCUGCGCGACCCGCGACUCGCAGGGCCACUGCCCGCCUCCCCCGCGCACUCGAGCAGCCCGGGCAAACCUUCGGACUUCUCGGACUCCGAGGAGGAUGAGGAGGGCGAGGAGGAGGAGGAGAUCACGGUGUCUUAG